AUGAAUCGUCCACGGCCCAUUCAGAAGUUUGCUUCUGCCGUAUCGCAAUGCUCUGUCGAGACCACUUUGUACGGCAAGUGCAUUGUCGCCGACUACAAUUCCGUGCAUAAGGACAAGUGUGUCAAGGAAUUCCUCAGAUUGAAAGACUGUUAUAUUGUACAUCGCUACCAACCCACAGCCAGUUACGGCGGCUCAAAACACAUCACUAACACAUGCUGA